GGAGCAGGGGACACGGACAGGGACACGGACACGGACACGGACACGCACACGGACACACAGCGCGGCCCCGCAGCGCAGCUCUGCGGCCAAACCCCGGCCAACAAAGCCCCCUCAGCUCCCCUCGCCGCCGCCCCCCGCGGGAUGUAGCCGGGCCAGGAGCCCCAGCGAGGCAGCGGCCCCGCCGCUCCGUGCCCCGCAGCGAGGCCGGGAGGCGGCGGGCUCAGAGGCGCUGCCGCCACCAUGGGCAAAUCCAACAGCAAGUUGAAGCCUGAAGUUGUGGAAGAGCUGACCAGGAAAACGUACUUCACGGAGAAGGAGGUGCAGCAGUGGUACAAGGGCUUUAUCAAGGACUGUCCCAGCGGGCAGCUCGAUGCCGCCGGCUUCCAGAAGAUCUAUAAGCAGUUCUUCCCCUUCGGUGACCCAACCAAAUUUGCCACCUUUGUUUUCAACGUCUUUGAUGAGAACAAAGAUGGGAGGAUCGAGUUUUCGGAGUUCAUCCAGGCACUGUCAGUCACCUCCCGGGGGACGCUGGAUGAGAAGCUGAGGUGGGCGUUCAAGCUGUACGACUUGGACAACGACGGAUACAUCACAAGGAACGAGAUGCUGGACAUUGUGGAUGCGAUUUAUCAGAUGGUGGGAAACACAGUGGAGCUUCCUGAGGAGGAGAACACACCAGAGAAGAGGGUGGAUCGGAUUUUUGCCAUGAUGGACAAGAACGCAGAUGGGAAGCUGACGCUGCAGGAGUUUCAGGAGGGCUCCAAGGCCGACCCCUCCAUUGUGCAGGCGCUCUCCCUCUACGAUGGGCUUGUAUAGUCCCAGGGCUGAGCGGCGAUGUCUGGGGGAAGAUGCUCUCCGUGCCAUCCAACCACCGCCGCGUGAAGCUUGCCUGUCCCUCCCGGCCUUCCUUUCUGUUCCGCGAGCAAGGGAUGCCCUCGAAGCGCGAGCUCACUCCCCCUCUCCGCACUCCAGCCGCUGCCAUCCGCCAACUUCUGCUUUUCCCACAAAAACCCCGCGCCAGACCCAGUCUGAGCGGCAGCGAACGCCCAGGACUCGAGGGCCGGGGGAACGGGUCGAGCAUCGCCGCAGGCAGAGCCCCCUCUCGGCCUCCUCGCCCCCUUUGCUCCCUUCUCCUACAUUUUCGGAUGGGACUGCGGAUGUGCCGGCGGGGUUCUCUCUUGGGAACCGGCCGGCCCGAGACGGAGCCCAGAGGUACCGGGGGGCUGCACCCCCGGGGAGGCCGGGGAGCCGAGGCACCGACGGCGAUUUGGAACAGAGUCCUGGUGUCACCCACCAUGCCGCUGGCAGCCCAGCUCGGCUCACUAGGGAUAUAUAUUAUAUUAUUAUUAUUUUAAUUUUUUUUUUUUUUUUUUGUGAGACAGUAUUGUGCUGUUUUGUUUUUU